AUGUUUAAAUCUCUGCUGUCAUUUGGCUGUGACCCCAAAAGUGAAUUAGCUUAUGCGAGAUCUUUCCAAUAUUCAUUCUCUUAUUGUUCCCUGCUUCUCCCUUUCUCCUCACUUUUUUUAUCCUCCCAUUACCCAGCCUUUCAGGGGCCCACCUCUUACCAAGCCAUCCAGAUCUCGUCCUUCAUCAACAGCAGUUGGGCCCAGACCCAGGGCUCAGGAUGGUUGGGCGACAUGCAGAUUCACAGCUGGGACAGCGCUGCCAACAGGGCAGUUUUCCUGAAGCCCUGGUCCAAGGGGAACUUCAGUGAUGAAGAAGUGAAUGAGCUGGAGGAGCUCAUCCAGGUCUACCUUAGUGGGUUCGUCCUAGAAGUGCAGGAUCAUGCCUCUGAGUUCCAGAUGGAAUACCCCUUUGAGAUCCAGGGCAUAGCAGGCUAUAAGCUGUAUCCCAGCAUGGGCACCGUGCACUUCUUGCAGGGAGCUUUAGGAGGACUGGACUUUCUGAGCCUCAAGAAUUACUCCUGUGUGCCCACCCCAGAGGGCAGUAGCAGGGCGCAGUGCAUCUGUGAGCUCAUCAGUCAGUACAAAGGUAUCCGGGAUAUCGGGGAGAAGCUCCUCUUUGAAACAUGCCCUCGGUAUCUCCUGGGCGUCCUCGAGGCAGGGAAGGCAGAACUUCCUGCCCCCGUGAAGCCUGAGGCCUGGCUGUCCACUGGUCCCAGUCCGGGUCCUGGCCAUCUGCUGCUGGUGUGCCACGUCUCCGGCUUCUACCCAAAGCCUGUGUGGGUGAUGUGGAUGCGGGGUGAGCAGGAGCAGCAGGGCACCCAGAGAGGUGACAUUCUGCCCUAUGCUGAUGGGACAUGGUACCUCCGAGUAACCCUGGACGUGGCAGCCCAGGAGGGGGCUGGUCUGUUGUGCCGAGUGAGACACAGCAGUCUAGGCGGCCAGGAUGUUGUCCUCUACUGGGGAAACCCCAUCUCCAUUGGCUUGAUAUUUUUGGCAAUAAUAGUGCCCUUCUUGAUCCUUUUGAUAGGUCUUCUGUUUUGGUUUUUGAAGCACUGGGAUAUCAGUCUGAAAUUCUUUUUGAUGGGGUCUUUGCCUGGUUUGGGGAUUAAGUCUUGGGAGUUUAUAAGUUUCCCAGAAGACAUCCAUUUCUUCCAGGUUGCUCAAUUUAUUGGCAUAUAG